AUGGCUGAUGCAUGCCAUAAAAUUGCAUAUAAACCUAUUCAACCAAAAUUAAAUAAUGUAGAAUUAUUAGAUGUUUCCUCUUUUUAUGAUUUUCUAUCUUAUCCAACAGAAUCAUUAGUCAAAUUUUUUCAAGAUGUAUUACCUGGUGAAGAAAAAGUUGUUUUGUCAUUUGAAAAUGUACAGCAACAAGUUGGUAGUCAUGAUUGUGGAUUAUUCGCAUUAGCUUUCGCCACAUCUCUUUGUUAUGGAGAUAUUCCAUCAUCAUUAUUUUAUGAUCAAAAAUCUUUACGUAAUCAUUAUGUUAAUUGCAUUGAAAAUAAUGAAAUACAACGAUUUCCUUCAAAGCCUAAGAGGGGAAGUACUAGAAACAAUUGCAAAUUAGUUGAUCUUUAUUUGAAAUAA